AAUGUCAUCAACAUCGUCGUCUAUUUGAAACUCGGACUCAAAGACAGCAUCAGCAUCUGCUUCUUCGUGCUGUCGUGCACGGACCUGGUGAGUGUGAUGCUGGUGGUGGUCGGCAACACCUUCACGAGCUUAUCGGAUCAUUUUCAGACACGGUGGAGAACUGAUGGCGCAAGCGUAAUGUGGGUCCUCAUGGCUUACUACGGCCCCUUCUACGACAUCUCGCAAGGGAUCACGACAUACAUCGCCGUCCAAAAAUGCUGGUGCGUGGCGCUGCCUUUUCGUUUCAAAAACACAUUCACGAGGAAACGAACAGCCGUUAUCUUAACUGGAAUUUCGUUGGCACUCUUCGCGAUGCACCUGCCGAUUCUUGCAUCCCAAAGUUUGGCGGAAAUGUUCGACCCCGUCAACAACAAAACUAUAAUUAAAUUAUGGGCGGCGGAAAACCUUGAAACGAUUUACUCUGCGGUCAGCCUCGUAUCUUUAGUUUUUACCAACACGUGUCAGUUCACUGUUAUUUUCUGCUUGAUCGUUCUGGCUUCAAGCUUACGGGCCUCAUCAAAAUUCAGGAAUGCGACAAUCGCCAGCACCGAGAAGACGUCUUCGGAGCUUAAAACUAAAUUUACCGACCAGGAUUUGAGGAAUUGUUUGACGUCUGACGAAAUGCGUUCUGGUAAACACUCGAAAUAUGGUCAUGGGAAAAUCACGGGGAAGAAAAGUUCUGGGGCAAACACCACCGCUCGUGAAGAUAUUACUCCUGCUCCUCUCCCUGUCAAGACCACUUCUAGAAAAGAACUGCUGGCCAUAAAGUCCACCACGAUGGUGUCCACUCUGUUCGUUUCGUUCAACACGUUAAAGUUGCUCAAUUACUACGCCCUCCUGUGCAUUCCGGAGUAUGGUAUCUUAGGUCGGUACAGUGGCACGUAUCUGGUGACGAAUGAAAUGCGGAUCACGUUGGAGGUACUGCACUGCUCCUGCAACAUGUUCAUCUACCUGAAGUUCAACACACGCUACAGGUCGACGUUGCUGGCCAGCUGUGGGCGCAGCCGUUGA